GUCUCAGUCCGGUUAGGCCCCAGUUCGGCGCACAUUGACACAAGAUGGAUCCGGGAAUCAUCAAGAUUCUAAUGGUCGGCGACGAAAGAUGUGGAAAAACGUCGUUUCUUUCGCGCCUUCGGGCCGGUGAGAAUGUAAAUCCGAUACCGUUACUACGAGAUAUAGACCAGCCGUUUAAAUUCAACGUCAAUUUGGGCGGCCAGAGCCGCAUACUCGAGUUUUAUGACACAUCUAGCCCUGACAAUUGGAGACUGUUGGAUCCUGAUGUUGUUAUACUGUGUUAUGACAUCAGCCAGCGGCUGAGUUUGAUCAACAUGAAACGCUAUGUAAGUUGUAUAGUAUACAAAAGUGCUACUUCUUCCCAUCCACCAGCUAAUUAUGCCUGCUGUCAGUGGAUCAACGAGGUCAAAGGCGCCUUUUCACGCGUCGACAGUCUACCCAUUAUCGUCUUGGGUUUGAAGCGUGAUCUCCGGUCAGAGGAUGACCCUAACGGUAUUAUAUAUCCCCAAGAAGCGUAUCAGAUGGCCCAAGAGCUGCGGGCAGAUCGAUAUGUAGAGUGCUCAGCACGUUCGGGCGAGCUUCUCAAGGCGGCGUUUGAAGAUAUCUGCAAAACAGCCACCGCAACGAUCACAGCAGCUGGUGGGCAGAGUGAAGGCGGCUGUACACUGAUGUGAUUUGGGUGUACGAGAGACCUUUUGUUUAUCGAAGCCAUAUCCAGGCGGAGCUGGCUGGUGAUGUUGGCUGUAUUCUUGGUACAAUCCGACACUUCACGCAGCAUCUGCCAUGGAGACAUCACCCUCCUCUUGUCCCCCAGCAGCUCCUGAUUCAGGCUCGCCCAACACCUCUAGGAUGAUCUGGACCAUUUCUUCCUGCUGUUCCUCGGUAUAUCGAUCGGACAUGUCCUCGAGGACGGUGUUGAGCGCGACAACAGACGACGGGCGGAGGUUGAGAAUCAUGACGACCUCGCCCUUGGACAAGUCGUAUGGCCGCAGCUGUUGAACUAGUGACGACACACAUUCGGCGUUGUAGGUGAUGGGCUUCUGGCUAAGAGGGUUUGGUUUACUGCGCAUGUAUUGCAGAAGCUGGGUUGGUCAAGUUAGCUUUUGGACAUUCACCAAGUCGCAUCGCCAUGCAGACGGUGGACGAGCAGGACUAACCUCGCUAACAACCGUCUCCAAAUUAGGAGGUCCUCUUCGCUUAAUCUUCUUGUAUUGGUCUCGUUGGUCUACCAGGUGCUGGUACACCUCGUAAUUGCUGAGGACAGCGGAUUGAGCUUCUGUAAUUUUCAUGAUUGCUGUUGCUGUAGCUGGGAAACCGAGGCGAGUCUGGAUAGAUUAUGAAGUUUCUGCUGCUGUAAUUAUAGUCGUAUACAAUUGAGUAGCAGAUCGCAGGCAAUACUGUGCAGGCCAAAAGUGUGCAGUUGGUUAAAAAUGUUCGAGGUUGUGAUUUGCUCGGAGCGUCAGUCAAUUAUUUUUUUCUUGAUGUUUGCAACCACCUUUGGGCGUUG